AUUAAUCAGAUUUAAAAAAUAUAUUCUAACCCCAAUUUCAUGCCCAGGUUUUUAGGUGCUUGAUAAUCUUCUCAUUUUUUUUUAAUCUGAUCUGGAAGUGUUUGGUGCCAUUUUACAGUGUUUGUUUAGCGUUGGGUUAGUGUCAUCUGAUCUGGGAGAGAGGGUCAAGGGUCCUGGGAAAGAGGGUCUUGGUCGAGUCUGGAAGAGAGUUCUGGGAGAGGGUCUUCAGUCUUGGGCAAGGCCGCGAGAGUUUGGAAGAGAAAUUUUACAUAAGUAUCAUUGGAGGGUGUUUUUGGGGCACUAACGGAAGGACCGGAGAAGAGAAGAAAUUAGUUUUUGACGACUAGCUGAGGCGAAGGCCGAAGAGAAUGCGGUUCAAGAUGUACGGUUCAUUCCGGUGCAGAAUGGUGCUGCUGCUUUUGUUUCUGCUUCUGGAUUGCAACUUCAGCAAUUGUUUAGCGGACACUUCUUCUGAGGCUACUAUGCACACUAACAACUGGGCUGUUUUGGUCUGCACCUCUCGGUUCUGGUUUAAUUAUCGACACAUGGCUAAUACUUUAUCCUUGUAUAGGACAGUUAAGCGGCUAGGAAUACCUGAUGAGAGAAUAAUCCUCAUGCUGGCAGAUGACAUGGCUUGCAAUGCCAGAAACAAAUACCCUGCCCAAGUUUUUAACAAUGAGAACCACAAACUUAACUUGUACGGAGAUAAUGUUGAGGUAGAUUAUCGAGGAUACGAAGUGACAGUUGAAAAUUUUUUACGGGUAUUGACUGGGCGUCAUGAGAAUGCCGUUCCAAGAUCUAAGCGUCUUUUAAGUGAUGAAGGUAGCCACAUCCUGCUUUAUAUGACGGGACAUGGAGGAGAUGAGUUUUUGAAAUUUCAGGACUCAGAAGAGCUUCAGAGUCAUGAUUUAGCUGAUGCUGUGAAACAAAUGAAAGAAAAGCGUAGAUUCAAGGAGCUGCUCAUAAUGGUGGACACUUGCCAAGCGGCAACUCUCUUCUCUCAGCUUCAAUCACCUGGUGUCUUGACCAUUGGAAGCAGCAUGAAGGGAGAGAACUCAUACUCACAUCACUUGGACUCAGACGUUGGUGUUUCAGUUGUGGAUCGUUUCACAUUUUACACCCUUGGAUUCUUUGAAAGGCUAAAUAUGUACAAUAAUGACUCAUUGAUCAGUCUUUUCAGUUCAUAUAAUCCUAGUAUGUUGAUGUCAACAGCAUAUUACCGAACAGAUCUAUACCAACGCCAUUUAGAGGAGGUACCUGUGACAAACUUCUUUGGCUCAGUCAUGGAAAUGAUACAUACUGAUUCAGCUUAUAGUCUCCUGUCAAGAAAGGAGUCUUUCAGGGUUGAAAUCAAGAUGUCUGCAGAUAAAUCAGUCCCUGACAAGAAAAGAUUAAUGGACAAUCCCAGUCGUUUGGAUCAAAUUAGCGAACUAAACAUAGAGGAUCAACAUGGCGCUUUAAAACGUAUAUGGAGUACUAUUCAAAAAGAGAUGGAAAAAGUCGAAGAUGUUGAUGCCUUUGUGAGCUAUGGCUUAGUACUAAUAGUUCCAUUGUUGACGGUUUCCAUGUGGCUAACAUGGUGAAACUUUGAGGCAACAUAUAAUUUCUCUUUCUCCAGACCUUUAUCCCCUGCCCAAUGACCUUACAUUUGAUUCCCUUGUAUGCUAGAGGCUAAGAAGAGAAAAUAUGGUCAGACCUUGUUCAAAGCCGAUCCAGCAUUCGAAAAUAUAUUCAAGUGUAGAUUUUGAAGUGA